AUGAAUGUCUUUAAGCAACUCCACAUCAACAUCCCAAUUGUUGAAGCCCUGUCUCAAAUAUCGAAGUAUGUAAAAUUCUUGAAGGACUUGCUCACCAAUAUAAGGAAAGUGGAAGAGAUUGAUAUAGUAGAUCUCAAUGUUACUUGCUCCAUUAUCUUGUAUAGAAGGCUACCAAAGAAGCUGAGAGAUCUUGGGAGCUUUGUGAUCCAAUGUAUGCUGGGUGAAGCCGUAGAAGAACAUGCGUUAGCAGAUUCUAGAGCUAGAAUCAAUGUGAUGCCAUGCACCAUUUAUUUGAAACUUGAGGUGAGAGAAUUAAGGCCGACAAGAAUGACUUUGCAUUUGGGCAAUAGAUCUGUGAGAAGACCACGGAGGUUUGUAGAAGACAUUCUGGUAAUAGUUGAGAAGCUUGUAUUCCCCAUAGACUUUGUGAUUGUAGACAUAGAUGAGGAUGUAGAGACCCCGCUUAUCCUUGAUAGUCCUUUUCAGAGCACUUCUGUGGAUCUCAUCAAUUGGAGAGAUGGAAAGAUGACCUUAAAGGUUGGGGAGAAAGAAGUGGUGUACAAACUCCCGAGCUUCAUGAAGCACUCCAUUGAUCAUGAUGAUGAAUGUUAUUUUGCACAUGAACCUGACUUGUUUAUUUUUGAUGUUGUGCAGGAUGUGUUCAUGGUGAACCUCCUCCAAAAGUACUACAAGGAAGAGCUUACUGAAGAAUCAAUGCAACCCCUUAGUCUACAUCCUACACAUGCCAAGAAAAAGGGUAAAUUGAGAAACGUGACAACCAAGAAGAUAUGA